GUUAAGUACAGUUUAUAUCGCGCUGUAUCGACAGUGUGAUCCAGCUGUGCGCAUAUCGCACUGUGCGUAUCGACGUUUCGCGAUAUCACCGAAAGCAGCUGAGGCUGCUCGUGAUUAUUUCUGACGACGACGAAAUACUACGACGAGACACGCAAACAGGCAAUUAUGGAUCGUUGGCUUGGUAAAACCGCACUCGUUACCGGCGCUGCAAACGGCAUCGGCGAAGCAAUUACACGUGCUCUUCUGCGAAACGGAGUAAACGUAGCUGCUGUGGACAUCCAGAAGGAAAGACUGACGACACUGCUUGCUGACGUUUCGAAUCAGAAUCAGCCGGGCAGUCUGCAUAUCAUGUAUGGCGAUGUAAGCAAUGAGGAGGAUAUUAACAGAAUAUUUACGCAUAUCGAGACGGCACACGGCGGUGUGGACAUUAUGGUCAACAACGCUGGUAUCACUAAUUACGUCCGCGUGAUCGAGAGCGACAGGAAGACAUUUGAAAGGCUGUUAAAUAUUAAUGUCCUCGCAGUCGCUACGUGCGUCAACAAGGCGGUGCGCUCUAUGCGCGACCGAAACGUCGAAGGGCAUGUUUUCAAUGUCAACAGUAUUUUUGGCCACGAGAUCCCACCGCCAUUUAACUCAGAUUCCAUUGAUUGUAACGGCUGGAACUUGUAUCCCGCAAGCAAACACGCAACUGUCGCUCUGACUGACACUGUACGGAAAGAAUUAGCGGCGAUUAAAUCCCCUAUUCGAGUCACGAGUAUCAGUCCUGGUCUCGUAAAAACGGAGAUAGCUAAGCACACCGCGGAGAAGCAAGAAUUUUUCAAUAAAAUACCAUCCCUUGCACCGGAUGACAUAGCGGACGCGCUUAUUUAUGCUCUCUCAACGCGACCGGAAGUUCAGAUUACGGAGCUCACCAUCCAGCGCACGGGGAUGCCUUCCUAGUUUCUUCUAAUAUGUAUUUAAGUAUACGCAUUUCACGCCACGGUUGAACAGUUUGCAAUAAUAAAGACGAGCGUUAAAAAUACGA